GGUAGCGCUGCGGUCACUUUGUUGACAAGAUGGCGACCUCCAUGACUCUAGCUGCUGGUGACCAAGUUCGGAACCUUUUAUCGAAAUGGGAUGAUCCCGAAGAGCCUUUGGCACCCCUGUCUGACCACCAAUUAAAAGUUUUAGACCAGCUGGAGACUUUGAGUAGUGGCAACAAAGUGGAAAAGGAUGAAAAAUUGGGCGAAGAUGAUGCGGUGCUGUCAUCACUUCAGAUUGAGUACACCAAUGCAAAGGAGUUCAUGUCAGCAUUUACUAAAGUUGUGGAGCCGGAGAUGCAGCGAGAGAUCGAUUGCCGCUAUUUAUCCGCUGUUGCAGCUUUCCGAUCGUAUCGGACUGAAUGCGGUGACUUGCGAGAUGAAGUGCAAAAGGCUCUAGAUCAGCUUGAAUUAUUACAGACGGACUACAAGUUUGUCACCAACAAAACAGGAGCGUUACACUGUGAAUGUGAGUCUCUACUGUCAGAACAGUCGAAAUUGGCGGGAGUGUCAGAAGCUAUCCAGUCUAAACUCCGUCAUUUCGUCGAACUCGAAGCGCUCCAGCAGAAACUUCAUGCUCCAUCGCUCACAGUCCUAAGUGACGGUUUUAUUCCGUUACUAACCCGUAUUGACGAGUGUCUCGUAUUUCUUGAGAAUCAUCCCGAAUAUAAAGAAUCGGCAGCCUAUGUCAUCCGCUAUCGGCAUCUUCAAUCGAACGCUUUGGGCAUGAUUAAGGCCUAUGUAUCGUCGACACUUGAGCAAAGCGCUCGCCAAGUACAGGCCGCUUCUCAACGCAGCGCUCAGGCAAACCCCGAACUAGAUACAUUCACCCUUCUCUAUGUAAAAUUCAAGAGCCACGCUCCCCGUAUUAAGAGUUUGACGGCUCAGAUUGAAGAACGUAUGGCGCCGUCAAAACUGCUAUACAGUGAUAUCCUUGAAGAAGUACAAAACAGUUAUUUCGCGCAAAGAAAUCUUCUACUGGCCCAGAGUUUGGAUCAAGCCAUACAAGAUCUCAAAGAAAAGCACCCGAAGGAUCAUUGUUCAUUCCUUCGACAGAGUGCUUCCCUCCUAGCAAGACUGUGCCACGACGAGACCCAGCUCUAUUACCAGUUCUUCUCUAAGUCCAAUUCAGCCCUGGACGAUUUUCUUUCGUCAUUAUGCGCUAAGUUGUAUGAUGCUUUCCGGCCAAUUAUCGUUCAUGUGCUUCACCUCGAAACCCUAUCGGAGCUAUGCUCGAUUCUAAAACAAGAGGAGUCAGCUACGGAUGUGCGUGCGUUUAAAGAAUGCCUUCGAGCUAUGCUACAGGAUGUACAGGAGCGGUUGGUAUUUCGUACGCUGGUAUACAUUCGAACUGAUAUUUUAGGUUACAAUGCAGCCGCAGGAGACCUUGCCUACCCGGAAAAACUCGAAAUGAUGCAAACGAUAGCUGAAACUUUAGCGGGUGCUCCGCCUUCUCUUAGCCGGAGUUCUUCGAGAGCUUCAUUAGCGUCUGAAAGUGCAGUGUCUUCCGCUGGCGAAGCAAAACGGCGACACUCGUCUGUGUCAGGUGCGGCAGCUUGCCCGGCUGAUAUUCACGGGAUGUGGUAUCCAACCGUGCGUCGAACUCUGCUUUGCCUUUCGAAACUUUAUCGCUGUCUAGACAAAUCAAUCUUUCAAGGGCUGUCGCAAGAGGUUCUGGCCAUGUGCAUUGAGUCAUUAGUACUAGCCGCUGACUCCAUCUCGAAACGUAACAAAACGCCGCUACACGGACGGCUGUUUGAAAUAAAACAUCUACUUAUUUUGCGGGAACAAAUUGCGCCCUUUCAGAUCGAUUUUGCCAUUAAGGAAACGUCGCUAGACUUCACUCGAAUUCGGGAUGCUGCACUAAGUCUAAUGAAUAACAAAAAUCGGCUGUUUUCUCUGGGAACGAACAAUGCCCUUCUUGAAUUCCUGUUCGAAGGAACACCGCAGGUUAAAGAGAAUUUGAUCGAUUCAAAGAAGGCUGUUGAUAAGCAACUCAAGUUCGUGUGCGAACGAUUCAUUGAUGAAGUUAGCAGUCAUCUGAUUGGUUCUGAACUCCGCUCAUACCUCGAUCGCUGUCUUGUUAUUACGGCCCAGAACGACCCGAACAUCAUUCUUAAGAAGCAGCCGUUUGCGGAACCCUCAGCCGCGUCCAAGAUAGUCUCCGCGGCCUAUCGUGAUCUAAAAGAACGUCUUGCACGUCUUCAAAAGGCUAUGAGCCUUUAUUUAGCCAAUAGGGAUACGGAAGCUAUACUUUUUAAGCCGAUAAAAAGUAAAACUGUCGUUUUCUAUGAGAAGCUAAACAAGAUGUUCGAGGAUAACUAUACGCAGGAUGACCUCAUGAUCAUCGCCUGCCCCAGCGCUGAACAGAUUUCGAUGCGUAUGAGCCAGUUAUAGGUGACUGCGUGAAUUAAACGCAUUAUUAAUCAAUAUUCAUUUCUUCAAGUUUUACUCAAUCCGCAAUAAGGGAUGAAAAAAUGAGACGAGGUGUGUAGUGCUGUUAAGUGGAAUAUCUAAAGGCAGUAAUAAUAUAAAAAAAAUAAAAAUCGAAUACUUGGUCUGCCCCUAUUUUUCUUGAGGGAUUUCUAUCCAUUGCUGAAAAUGUGCCUGUUUAAAAUACAUGAAAGGUUAUGCUAUAUAGGAGUCAUGCUAAGAUACCCAAUAUGAUACCUAUUGGAAAUACACACCAUUCUGGAUGGAUGGAGAAUUGUAUUAGUAUUUCUUUUUAUUAAUUCACUCAUUUACGUACGAGUUCUUACAUGCUUGAGUCUAUCAGUGAACAAACAACCAGCUAUCUACCGAUUCACUCAGUCAUUCAUUGGAUUAACGCAUUUACCAUGUGGUAUUAUGGUAUUGUGCUUUAUGUAUGACAGUUUCCACAAAUCGAACUUUUCUCUCACAUGUCUAUUCCCUCUUAAUGGUCUGUAGUUAUUAUUGUAGCUAUCGCUGUUCGUGUGAUGUGAAAACGUCUUCUUUGUCAAUUUGCCAAUGUUGAAAAUUUGUGGCAAAAGUUUAUGGUUUCCCGUAUCGACUCUGUCUAUCUAUGUAUAUUAUCAGUUUAUCUGGCACCUUGUCGCGUUACAGUCUUUCCGUCGUCGUCGUCGCCCAACGAUAUCGUCAACGCCAAGACACUAACAAUACCUAGAACUUUUGCAUAAUUAUCGUGGGCCGCACACACUGUAUGCUCAGCAUUAUUGUCAUUUCAUUAUGUUAUAUGCCUCGUCACUGAGUAUUCGUUGCUUGUUAGGACCGGCGCAUGACUCAAAGGGGAUCGCCAAACUUCGGGACCAUUGCUGAUUUGAAAAAAUCGAACGUGUAGAUUGUGCCGCUUGAAAGCGUAAAAAAAACAGCCACG